AGCAGAAAAAAUUAAUAACCAGCAUCUUACCUUCUAAGUGAAAUUUGACUUGGCAGCUGACGUUUGAGCAUUCAGUUUCCACUUACAAAGAUGUCAGCACCAUCUCCCCUGCUCCAUUUCCCUUCACCUCCAGAUGUGUGGUCAGUACAGAGUGAGGAGAGCACCCGGGCGGCAGACACAUCAUGACUACUCAGCAAAUAGACGACCUCCACACGCAGCAACCCACCAGGAUAACUCAGAAAGUGCAGUUAACUUAUAAGUUAUUUUUGUUGGAAAAGGCCCGAAACACGCUCGAAGAGGAACUUCGCAACUUCACAAACAAGGCUUAUGAAGAGAUCCAAAGUUUCCUGAAUUCAUCUUCUCCUACUAGUUUGUUCAGGGAUAUUGGGAAAGCUAUAGAUGCCAAGCAUCAAAAGGUUUUGAAGCUUUCAACCCUGUUAAAGGACCUCUCUGUCGAAUCUGCUGUCAGUAAUGGGGUGAGAAAAAGUUGUCUGGAGCCACACAGAGCCCAAGGGAGCUUGAUGACACAGACUUUGAAGUUCGGACCAAUGUUGCAAAAUUCACUCAUUGCAAGCUCCAUGGCAAAGUCAGUCCAGGUUCUGUCCCAACAGCAACUAAAGCUUUUCCACAGCCUCCAACCUCCAGGAAUGCAGCGGGAUGACAUGCUGGGUGGCAUCUCACCCAGCUUCAACAGCACCCCUCGGAAUAAAAGCUCUGUCUGUCAUUUAAAUGCAGAACAGGUUGCAUUUGAAGAGGGAAGCCAACCUAAUUCUGUGUGCAUACCGCUUGUCAUUUCACAGACCCAUAAGGUUGAUAACGAAAAGCCACAAAUACUUCUACCUCCUAUACAACCUGUAUACCCAGAGAUCAGAAACCCUAAACCCCUACUUAUCUGGGGAUGCAGUGAUGAUCAAGUACAACACCAAAAGCAAACCUCCUCACAGCUGCUGCACUUUCUCAAAGGGAAAGCUACAAACAAGGGUGCACUCGAAGCAGAAUGGGCGAACAGUAAACACGAAGCGUGCAAUCCAGGAUUGCCAAGGCAGAUCUCACCGCCUGUCAAAACACAAAGCAGAGAUGUUAUGACGGAUAAUCUGAUAAAUGCCCGAGCUUCCAAAAGAUUGCACGCAAAUGGUGAAAGCCAAUCUCCAGUUUUCAGAGUGAAACAGGUCAAGUCGAGCAGAUCUUUGAUUUACACGUGUGUGAUUGCAACGGAAACCGAGCUGUGGGAUAUUGGAGACAUCUCGACAGAGGCGAGGGAGGAUUCGCUUCAAAUUCCUUUGAAGGCUGAGGUCUGCCAAAAUGGACUUGCUUUGAUAGAAAAUUCGUGUAGAAACCUUUAUCAGAAAACCCAAAUCCUGCAAAGCACAGAACCUGAACCAGAGAACAGGCCUGACAAUUCAGAAAUGCUAAUGCACAAGAGUGUAAACAUCCCUGAGUUCCAGAUCCGGAGGUUUGAGGAGACUGAAGUCGUGGUGUCUCAUAUUGUUAGCCCCGGCAACUUCUACAUCCAGCACGCUAACUCCCUUGAGAAGCUGCAGGUGUUUGGCACACGCUUUGAAGCCACUCGUUCAGAUGCUGAUCAGAACUGUAUCCCAGACAUUGGGACCCAAGUCAUUUGUUGGUUUCCUCAGAAUGAACAGUGGUGCAGAUCCCAGGUGAUGAAAAUAUGUGGCGUGAGCACAGAUAACAAGGCUGAGGAUGGUUCUGAGAGUGAUUCCUCCAUCAAGGUGGAGGUGAAAAGGCUGGACUACGGUGACACCUUCUGUGUGUCAAUCCGUAAUAUAAAGGAGUUCCCCCCAGAAAUGGCUGUUGUGCCGCUUCAGGCCUUACAGGUUUCACUAGCAAAUGUAAGGCCUAUUGAUGGGAGACUGUGGUCUGAGCAGGCAGUCAGUUGGUUCAAAGAAAUGGUGCACAACAGGACGCUCUAUGCAAGACUUUACCCACAGGGACCCACAGUUUCAGUGGAGCUGUUCCUGGAAAAGGGGAAGCUAGGUGCUAUGAGGAGGGGUGCAUCGCUGUCUCUGAGACUGGCUCAAAAUGGACACGCAAGACAUGACAAACUGAAGACUGCUGGUCUCAUUAAACGAAGUGCUGUUCGCUCACAGAAACAAGAGUCUGACUGGGAGAAACACCUCAUCUUAUGCUACGCUCAGAAUAAGAAGUAAUCUCCUAAAACGCUGUCUGUCUAAUAUCUGUUUCAAACUCCCAGAAAUCCACUCUGUAACUUGUAAUAAUUUGCAAUUCAGAGAAGACCCUUUUUUAUUAUUUUUGUCUUGCUGUGUGAACACACAGCGCACUUGGUGCUUUUUAGGUUUCAUGUCUUCUAUUGUAAUCUGCUCUGUGGUCAUCAGAGUCCUAGCUGACUAGUGGAUUGUUUCCUGGUUAUUUGGUGGAACUACAGUCCUGUCAUAAACCGCACCUGCUCAUGAAAAAAACACAGAAGUUAAAUUGUUGAAUUGUAAGUCAAUUGUUUUGACUUGACCAAACGUCUCAUCUUAACCACCAAAAAGAAACAUUUUUAGACAAACUCAGUUCUUCUAACAUUUGGACUCAUUUGCAGCGGAUAUUGCUGAUACUUGUCGCAACACACACACACACACACACACACACACACACACAAGCCCCUGUCAUCAUUAACAGCUGAACAUAGUGUUCACAGCUCGGAGCAGCUGUUCUUACUCAUAUGAAAGUUACUCGACUGUGUUUUUAUUGUUGCAGAAUCAGCACACUGUGACCACUUGGUCACUUGCUCCUGUGUGUGCACACGUCUUUUAUGACUUGAUAAGAUUACAGCGCAUAAUGAUGAAUAACGAGUGCUCAUCACCCCCAAACCUUUGUUAGCAGCUGUCAGUCACCCUCACUUUACUAAGAUACAUAGAAUGUCAAAUCUCCCACUGACCUAAAAAGUAAAAGAAAACAUUUCCCAUUAAAGGGUUCCCCUCAUUUGACUUUGGUUUUGAAAAAGUUGGAAUUGAUUUAUGAUGCCACUUUUGAAGUGAAUAGUUUUUCUUUGGUAAUUUCUCUUUCUGAAGAGCAUAAUCAAGUCACUCUGACAGGUAUCUAAUUUUGAAGAAAGUUCUACCAUUGUAAAAUGUUAACUGAGUAAUGUACCCUCAGUUAUUAAGUUUUUCUAAGAAUCGAUAAUAUGUUAUGCUCUACUGUGGUAAUGAUCUAUCUAAUUAAGUUUCACUUGUCUGUUCUUUAGUUUACAUUGUUUAUUCCAAGAGAUGCAAAAAUAAAAUGUUUUCGGUGUGAAUUUAUGUUUUCUGUGACUUUCUUGAAACCUUUUUGAUUUAAUCUAUACGGCUGCAUUAUCUGAGAGUUGACAGAAUU